AGCUAGGUCACUGGUGAUCAUUGCUGGUGGAGACCUGGGUGGAUUCUGAGUGCUCUGGGACUACAACACAGUGGCCAUGAUUGGAAGAGUGGACUUCUUGAAGAAGAAGCUGGGCCACCAGUGACCUGGGGUAGCCUUGGGGAGACCAGUGUGGUGGCGGAUGGCCUCCCCAGGGUACUUUGCACUUCCACAGGAGCUGUUGCUGGAUGUGGAGCCCAGGCAGCACCAGCAGUAGUUAUUGAGAGAAGAGGGAAAAAAAUAUAUCUUCACAUCCAAUUGCCUUUGAGAACCUGGGAAGAGAGCAAUUCGCACUUGAUUAUCUUCCAUCAGCUAUGGGACAUACAUUUCAAUUUCAAGAAUCCGACUUUCUCCAGUUUCUGGGCUUAGACAAGGUGCCUUCACCCCGCAAGUUCCAAUCCGUGCCUUUUAUCUUGAAGAAAAUUUUCCAAGAUCGAGAGACAGCAACAACAACUGGGGUCUCCCAAGAUUUAUGCUACAUGAAGGAGCUGGGUGUCCGUGGGAAUGUGCUUCGUCUUCUCCCUGACAAAGGUUUCUUUAUUUACUCAAACAAACUCUCCCAGGAUGACUCUUGCCUACAGAAGCUCCUCUACUUUAACCUGUCUGCCAUCAAAGAAAAGGAGCAGUUAACAAUGGCUCAGCUAGGCCUGGACUUGGGGCCUAAUUCUUACUAUAACCUGGAACCAGAACUGGAGUUGGCUCUGUGGGUCAUUCAAGAGCCUCAGAUGUGGGGGCAAUCUAUCCCCAAGCCAGGUAAAAUGUUUGCCCUGCAGUCUGUACCAUGGCCUCAAGGUGCCCUUCACUUCAAUCUACUGGAUGUGGUUAAGGAUUGGAAUAACAAACCCCAGAAGAACCUGGGCUUAUUCUUGGAGAUUGUGGUCAGAGGAGACAGAGACUUUGCAGUGAACUUCCAGCUGGAGGCCACCUGUGCCAGACUGAGACCUUCCUUUCGUGCUUCCCUGCUGGUGGUAACCCUCAAUCCUGAGCAGUGCCACUCUGCUUCGCGAAAAAGGAGGGCAGCCAUUCCUGUCCCUAAGGCUUCUCACAAGAAUCUCUGCCGACCUCACCAGCUCUUCAUCAACUUCCAGGACCUAGGUUGGCACAAAUGGAUCAUUGCCCCCAAAGGGUUCAUGGCAAAUUACUGCCAUGGAGAUUGUCCCCUCGCUCUGACCACCUAUUUAAAUAGUUCCAAUUAUGCUUUCAUGCAAGCACUGAUGCAUGCAGUUGACCCAGAGAUCCCCCAGGCUGUCUGUAUCCCCACCAAGCUAUCUCCCAUUUCCAUGCUCUACCAAGACAAUAAUGACAAUGUCAUUCUUCGACAUUAUGAAGACAUGGUAGUUGAUGAAUGUGGGUGUGGAUAGGAUUACAGAAGUAGGAAUAGAAGUAUUCUUAGGGUAAAUUUUCUAAUAAAAUUACCUAUCUAGAUUAUGACCUUCUGGAUCUGAAAUGUCAAUCAAUUGUAAUUAAUGAUGCAUAGAAUUACACACACAUGUAAUAGAGUCUUAAUGAUCUUAGUCAAUUUCUGCUCUACCCUAAUUAUUAUGCAUGUGACAGUAUAUUAUACUCUGGAUAGAAGGAAAUGAAUUUACUGAUGGCCUUUUAUACAGGCAGGGAUUAUUAUGUGUUACUCAAGAAAUGUUAUUUCAUUGUUGCUUGAAAUAUGCACUGUUAUUUAUGUUUUCUAGAUUUUAGAGAAGCCACAACAAAUUUUCUCAAGGACAUAAGCCUUAAACACUGUAUUCCAUAAAUAUGUACCAUUAUUUUAAGUCAAUAAAAAUUUUUAAAUUA